UAUAAAUAAAGAUUGUAAUAGAAAUUCUGGAUGUUAUAGAAAAGGUUUCGAUACAUUUAUCAUGCUAGAUUAAGUGGAUACAUAAAGCAUAGUAUUUAUAUUAAAAUCUUAUUAUUUAAAAUGGAACCACAUAGUUCGGACAUGAAACAUAAAAUUAACGAAGAGAAAUUAUUUAAACAAAAAGUUGUCCAAUCUGCUGAAGCAGUAAGAAAAAAAGUUAAGCUCAUUCGUGAUAUUAAAUCAAACGAUAAUAUAAUGCUGGAAGCAAUGUUGAAACCAAUCACAGACCCUCUUAGUGAAAUGGUAAAACAGAAUAAUAAUAGUAAUAAUGCUAGCAAUUUGAACAUUAGUGACACGGAUUUUGGUAAUGAUAGGUUUAAAUGGAACAAGUCGGUAAAAACAUUAAAUUAUAGUCCUUCUGAAGAUGGAAUGAAAGAAAGUUUGGAUAAUAAAACAUUACUGAGAAAAUCAACUGAAUCUAACUUAAAUUAUAGUGAAAAUGAAUUGAAUGACAGUGAUUCUACAUCUCAUGAAAGUGACAACCAAAGCGAUUCUGACUCAACAAAUAAUGCUUCAUUUAGAACGUCAGACUCGUACUUUUCUCCUCGCGAAGAUCCUGCUUGGAAAAAACAAUAUUUUAACAUUAACAUUCCAUUUGGUGUGCGUAAUGAGCGUGGUAAGCUAAUGCUAGGAUCUUAUCCAAUUUCUGUGAAUGAUGACAAGCUCUUGAUAGGUGGAGAAAGCUAUUUUUUAACACAAGGCUUAAACGAUUUAUUGUUUAAGAAAGUACCUGACUUAAAAUUAGUAACUGAAGAUGAUAAACGAUCAUAUAAAACAUUAUUAUUGAAAACGAAUGCACAUAGACGUGACUUCGAUCCGAAUAAGCCAAUAAAAAGCAACAAGGGUAUGAAAUAUUUAUACGUUAUAAAACCUCUUUUCAAAUUAUCCAAGCAACGUACAGUAAGUGAAGAAUUAUAUGUAUCCGGCGAAGGUUUGCCAUCAAUGAAAAAAGUUAAAAGAGACAUCUCAUAUGUGUAUUGGGAUGACCCAAACGAAUUAGUAGAACGAUUAAAACUGCUUAUUGCAUCGCGUGACGCUGGCAAUACAGGGCUAGAUAACGAAAUCAUAUCUAUCAUUGAAGAAUUACGUGAAGCCGGCUUAACAAAUAUUAUAUAAAUGAAUACUCUUUUUUUCCCUGUCAGUUGAAGGUUGACAUUCAAGUAAAAAAAUGAAUAUAGACAAAUUCGGCCACCAUAUUCAUAAACGUUUGCGUAC